AUGGCUCCCCCUACCGUUCUCAUCAUUGGCUGCGGCGUGGCAGGGCCUGUCCUCGCCAUUCUUCUCAAGCGCAAAGGCUAUCAUCCCAUUGUCUUUGAAAAGGUCCGGGAACUGGGCAAUGCCGGAGCAUCGCUCAUGGUGAUGUCGAACGGCCUCAAAGUCUUCAACUUGAUUGGAGUUGCAGACGCUAUCAAGGCCGAGUCUCUUCCCCUCACAGCCCUCUGGGAUGCCAAAGCAUCAGGAGAUGUCCUGGGCCAGUCCAGUCUGCCAAGCACAUUUGCCGAGAAAUACCAACAACCUGCCACUGGCAUCAGGCGAACCGUUCUCAAUCUACUCCUGAAGAAUAAAGUGCUGGAAGAGGGCAUUGAGGUCAGAGAAGGAUGGGGGCUGGUCGAUAUUCAGGAACACCAAGACUCAGUGACAGCAACUUUUAGCAACGGUGAAUCCGUGACGGGAUCUUUCCUCAUCGGAUGCGACGGAAUCAAGUCUGCAUCGAGAGCUGUUCUACAGAAACAAAAGGGAGUUGAAGAAGGUGCUCCUUCAUUCACGGGUCUCACACAGACGGCCUUCCUAUCAGAAACCCCAGAGGCCCUUCGAGACAUGGCAGCGAUGCGCAAUUGGUACGGCGAUGGAGUUCACGUCAUUGCAUAUCCGGUUGGUCCCAAGACCAUGUCAUGGGCCCUCACACAACGAGAGACGCAGGAGAGAGAAGAGACAUGGCGCCCCUUCACAGCGGACGAAGUGGAGGCUCAACGAGAUGCCCUGUUGGAACUCCUCGACGGUUGGGAUGCCAAUAUUGCCCAGGGAGUGAAAUCGGCCGAGCGCAUCAUCAAAUUCGGCCUCUUUGACCGCGACGAGUUGAAGCCGGAGCAGUGGUACUCGAGACGCUGCGUGUUAGUCGGAGACGCUGCCCAUCCCACGAGCCCCCAUCUCGGCCAGGGCGCGAACCAGGCCAUGGAGGAUUGCUACCACCUGAGUAGCGCGCUGCCGAACCUCUCCACCGAUACCCAAGGCGAAGAUUACAACAAGAACCUCGAAGCUUUGGGAAGCAGCCUCUCGGAAUCCAUAUUCCGCCCCUUUGCAGAGAAGCGUCAACCACGGACGUCAAUCCUCGUCAAGGGCGCUCGCGCUCUCGGUGAAAAGCGAGUCGCCGUGGGCCCCGAAAAGGGCAGAGAGCGAGACGAGGCCGUUGCGCAAUCAUAUGAGGGCGCUGCCGAAGCUGUUGUCGCCAAGUUUGAGGGGCUGCUGAGCCAGCCGUUUAAUUAG